GCUGCUGCUGCUGCGGGUGAUUUCAGGAAGCGGAAGCAGGAAUGUUGGAGUGUUUUUAGAAAAGUUUGGACAAGUUGGACAGUUUGGGAGCUGAGAUACAAACUGCGGAGAAACAUGACGCUCUGUUUUUGGUCUCUACCUGCUCCUGAGGGAUGUAUCAGGCUGUGUCUGUGUCUGUCUGCAGAGAGCUGAAACUCACUGUGAAGCUCUGAAGCUGCAGGUUCAGGAUGCGACACACACUGUUUGUGUGGGAGACACUUCUAGAAGUUAAUUGAUGGUGUGUUACCUGUUGCUGAUGUUGCUGUAGAGUCGUCAGUCUUCUCUGACUGACUGACCCCAACCAGACACACAGACAGGUAGAUAUGGAGAGUGGAGCUAUGGAAAUAGACACGAGUGCUGCUUCAGACACCAGAGAGGAGUCAGAGUGCAGCAUAGCCUGUCUGCGGCGCCGGGCCUGGGCCCAGAGCAAAGACUCCAUCUGGCAAAAAUCAGAACAAGAGCGCCGUGGCUCUCAGGGGCCCCAACAGAGCCAGAGAGACGGGGAUGCACAGAGACCCUCAGAGGAACCAGGGCAAGUUUCUAACAACAUCACCAGCUGGUUGAUUGAAUGCAGGACUCCCCUCGGAGCUUCCCUAGAUGAUCAGAGUGCUUCUCCCAGCAGAGGACCGCUGAGGAACGGCUGCAGCUUUGAAGAUGACCUUUCACUGGGAGCUGAAGCCAACCAUCUUCUGUCCAGUAACAAUAAAACUGAAUCUUGUUUUGGUCUUGCGGCGGAUCAGAAGAGGAGUCAGUAUAAAGAGAGAGGAAGAAGUAUGAACUCCACAGGAUCUGGGAAGAGCAGCACAGUGUCCAGUGUGUCAGAGCUGCUGGACCUGUACGAGGAGGACCCUGAGGAAAUCCUCUUAAAUCUUGGUUUUGGUCGAGAAGAACCCGACCUAGCCUCGAAGGUUCCUUCCAGGUUCUUCAACAACUCCUCCACAGCGCGAGGCAUUGACAUCAAGGUCUAUCUGGGAGCCCAGCUGCAGCGCAUGGAACUGGAGAACCCCAACUACGCUCUGACAAGUCGUUUCCGUCAGAUCGAGGUCCUGACCACAGUAGCUAAUGAGUUCUUCCAGCUCUACAGUCAGGUCUCUGGUCAGCCUGUCCAACGCAUCAGCUCCAGGGACCAAGGAGGAGAAGUAGGAGAAGGGGGAGGUGAUGAGUCGAUUCCUCCUCUGAAGAGAACCAACUCCGCUCUGAACGUCGCCAAACUCCUCAAGAAAACCAUCAGCAAACACAACCUGCUCGCAGCCGCCCCCGAGUCACCUGAAACACACACACCUAACCAGCACACACAGGUGAACGGACACACAUCCUCUGAUCACACGCACACCAACGGUCACGCACACGCCGGCUCAGAGCAGGACGGCUGCAGCACUGACCAAACCCACCAGGGGGAGACAGUCAGCCAGAAACAUGUCCGCAAAAAAGACAGCUGUUCCCUGGCGACGGUUACCGAGGAAACCAACGGGGAUGGAGAGACAGAUCGGCUUACAGACAACAGUCCUGAACAGAGCGGCACUGGACCAGCAGCCAAUGGAGAGCAUCAAACAGGGUCAGCUGACCUUCAGUCAUCCAAUCAGAGAACAGAGGAGGGAGCUCAGGUGGUCAAAGAGGAGAAGAACCUGACCUCAACCCCAGAGAAAGCUCCGCCCACCCUGGCCCCACCGCAGCUGGCCCAGCUCCGCACCGAAAAUGCCGACUCCUUCGACAUGGAGGAGAUCCAGAGUAACGAUGAUGAGGGUCUGCCAUCCAGAACUUCCAGAGCCACCGAUCUGUUGAGGACAGUCAGUCAGCAGUCAGACAGCAGUGGUUUUGCUGAGGAGCCCUCAGCCGACUCCAACAGCUACUUCAAGGUGCAGGAAAGUAGUGACAGCUGUGACAGUGAGACCACUGUGACAUCGCACCCAUCACAAGAUGUGGCCACGCCCCUCGCACUGGACCAACCAGCGUUCAUUUUGCCAGAUGCCAGAGAGGAGGAGGCGGGGCCUGGUGGCACUGGUGAGGCUGAUGGGAGGAGCAGAUCCAGGGAAGAAGACGAGCAUGAUGGGAGUUCAGAGGAGGUUACACAGUACACAGCUCACCAGCUCCCCAGGAACAGACCAAUGGGAGAGCAGCAGAAUGAGACCCGGGACCAGGAGCCAGCCGAGAAUGGGGGCCAGACUGAUCCUGAACCAGAACCACAACCAGAUAUGGAGAUUCCACAUAGUAUGUCUGCUGUAGAACAAGAACCACAAGACACUCAGAACCAGACAGAGACCGCCGCAGACACAAAGCCCCCUACAAUGGGAGUGGAAGCUGGGGACGAGACCCAAGAAGAGCACGCAUCCUUGGACGGUUCUGAUUCAUCCUGUCCUUCUGCUCCUUCCUCUCCGGUCCUCAGUGCUCUGAACCGAGCCAAACAGUACCAACUGAGCAGGGGUGGGCUGAGGGUCGAGACCCCAGGGAGAGGACGAGGAAGACGUGGCAUCCCCCUACAGAGGUCCUCCUCCCUGCCCUCCUCGCUCCUCUCGCCCUCCAGGGUCGUGUCCUCUGUCAGGAUCCAGUUUGGACGAGGACAGACGUCGUCCACCCAGCCCAGGUUCUCGUUCAAAUACAACCAGGAGGCCGGGGAGGACAAGGAAGAUGGGGAGGAUGGUGAGAAAGAGGAGGAGGAAGGACAAACCAACUGUCUGUCCACUCUGAUCAUAAACCCCUCCUCCUCGUCUCACUCUAACAACCAACCACUAAGGCUUCCCACAGAUUCUCCCAUCCCACCUAAAGCCAUCCCACGCUACCUGAUGAGGUCAUCCUGCUCCCUGCAGAGCCCCAGCCCUCCUCCUGAUUUGUCACCAGGAGGCCAUGCCCCCUCCUGGAGCACCCAGAGCGUCCCUGAUCUUUCCUCCAAUCAGCAGCCGCCUGGCCACUUCCAACAAAACCUGAGUGCCAACCAAAACCAGCAAAGUUGGAAUCAAGCGCCGACGUCAUUCUCUUACGCUAACCCAAAUCCUAAUCCGACAGAUCAGUACUUAAGUCCCAGUCCCAACCCUAGUCCCAGCCUUAACCCCAGCCCCUACCACUUCACUCUGAACCCUCACCCGCAUUACCCCUCCCCUCUCCAUCCGUACGCCAGUCUUCCCAACCUCCACCACAACCACUCCUUGAACCACCAUUCCAGUCUGACUAGUCUCCACCAGCCUACAACUCCCCCAGUCCCCCAGCACGGCAGCCUCUCCAACUUGCAUCAGCCCUCAUCUUCCACAGCUCAUCACCACGUCAGUAUGGGUAACCUGCAUCCCGGAUCUCCCAUAAUGCACCACCAGGGCUACAACCAUUCGUACAGUCAUCAAUCGCCUUACCAUGCCGCUCCUCAUGGCUCACAGUUUGCCUCUCCCUAUCUGGGUUACCAUGGCUACAACACGAAUCCAAACCUAGGGUUCCCCCACCCUGUCAACCAGUGUCCGCUGUCGGCCCCAGAGCACGGCCUCCAUCCGGGUCUCGCGCCGACUGUUCCAGGCUUCCUCCCGGGCCUGACGUCAGCCCUCAGCCAAGGUCACAGCCUCCACCCGGGUCUAGGGCCCGGCCAGGGCCCGUCCAGCACCGAGAUGCAGCUGAGGAGAGUUCUGCAUGACAUCAGAGGGACGGUUCAGAGUCUGAGCCAGAACCGAGCCGACACUCCGGACAUGUUCAGUGAGCACAGAGCAGCUCAACCCAGCCACCAGUCUUUGGCAGAGUUUCAGCAGAAGAGGCGGAGUCUGAACGUGUUCCGCAGUCAGAUGAUGGAUCUGGAGCUGUCAAUCAUCCGACAGCAAGCUCUGGUCUAUAAACACCUGAGCCCUGCUGACAGGAUGGAGGUGGAGCAGCUUCAGUCUCUGAGAUCAGCAGUCAGAGAAGAACUGCAGGAGCUGGAACAGCAGCUGGAAGAUAGACUGAUGGAGCUGACACACACACAGCACAGGGGUCUCCAUAGAAACAGCAGUGUUGACAGCCUGUCUACCACCUCUGCACUGAGGGCCAUGGAGCCGGUGUCAGACCUCCUCAGAGAGCAGCUCUUCCUCCAAUCAGAACUCAGCUAUGAUGGUAACGCUCCCUCCACCAACCCCUCCUCCCGAUCGUCCAGUCCAGUCCGAGGAAGAGCGGGAGGAGAAGGCGAGCAGAGACAAGGCGUGUACAAGGCAUCAAUCAACAUAACCCCCAUCCCUCCCCCUCGACCCAACACACAGACAGAGGAAGAGAAGGAGGAGGAGGAGGGGGAGGAAGAGGAGGGAGAGAGGAACAGAGGAAGAGAAGGAGGUGGAGAGGUACCGGAGGUGGAGGGAGCAGCAGGAGGAGUCAGAGUGGAGAAUCUACAGCAGCUCAUCAGAGAGAUUCGAGAGAGCUUGGCGCAGGAGGUCCGACGGGAGAUCUACAGCGAGCUGUUGGCUGCCGUGUCGCCUCGGCAAUCGCCCCUUCCCACCAGACAACACCGCCUGUAGUCAUGCCAACAGCAGAGCACCACCUCUUUGACCUUCAGCCUUAGUAACUACAGCCUGAGCAGCACCACUGUCUGUCUGUAACACUGUAUAGCUGAGUAACACUGUCUGUGUGGAACACUGUAUGUCUGUAACACUGAUGAUGAAAUGAACACCCCCCCCCCACCCCCACCUCACCUGUGGCAUGCCCCCCUCGUCAGUGAGAGGCGGAGGACAGAGCCUCAGACAGGAGAGGACGUUUCCACUAUCUAGUUGGUUCGAGUGAGGUAGUGCGAUGCAUGCUGGGAAACGCCAGUCUGGACCAGCCUGUCCACGCCUCCUCUUACAGCAUCCAUCAGAAAUGUGUUUUCUUUUCCACAUCCUGUUUCCUUUUUCUAAACUGUUGUGAUCAAAAGUGUAAAACUACUACCACUGCCACUAAUACUAUGACUACAGCUACUUGUACUGCUAACAGUACUGCCACCAUUACAACCACUACUAAUCCCAGUUUUGAGGGUUUCCUGAUCAAGUUCAAAUUCAUGUCCCCAUAUUGAUAUUUUCCCAUAUAAUACAGCUGUGCUGCAAGUUCAUUUAGUAAUAAUAAUAAUGAUAACAACAACAACAACAACAACAACAACAACAACAACAAUAAUAAUAAUAAUAAUAAUAAUAAUAAUGAUAAGCAACUUGUAACUCAAAACAUAUUUAUUGCUGUCUCUAGGACACUGUUUGAAUUAUUUACAAACUGAUCAGGGUUAAAUGUAGUCAAUAGCGACUGUUCAGAACUACAGAGAUUACACACAGUUGGCUCACUCUAAUUAUCCGUAAAUAUUUCCUCUUGUCCCUCGUUCCAGUUUUGAGAUUUCUGUCUAUACCGCAACAUGUUUUUGCCGCUCACAGCAAUUCAAAAAAUGGCUUUUAAAAGAUUCAAAACAGAAACAGUGUCUCUGUUACUGUGAAUAAUCCACAGAACAGCUGCUCUUCACAGUUUUCAGUAUGUCUUCAGUAGAAGAAGUUCAAGUGAAAACAGCCAAAUAACAGGGACGAUGUUUCUGGGAAUGUUGCGCCUUGAAUUCUUUGGUAACGGUUUAGUUUAAUUUGUGUUUCCUGUGGCUUCGUCACAAUAAAAACUACCUUGUGUAAAGCAGCAGCUUAAUACAGCUCUGUUAUGGAGAGCUAUAAGAGAGAUAUAGGGGAGCGAACAUUAAACAGAGAGGCUGAGAUCAGAUGAAAGAUCUCAGAGAUCAGAGAUGAAAUUACAAACAGUAACUCUGGAUUAAAUGCUGCUUGGUUCUCUCUGAAUCCCUUGAAUGGCAGACAACACUACUAUACAGAGAGAGAAUGAUAGAAUGUAAAUGGAAAAACAGGGUUUGAUUUCACAAAAAUCUAAAGAUUUAUAUCUAUAAAUUAAAUUUUUCAAUGCUGUGAAAACCUCAAAUGAAAUUCAAUUGUCUUCCAUUGUAUUGAGGUGGGGGCAAACAUCUCAGAGACACAUUUUGAGGUAUAAAUAAAACUUUGCAUUGGAGAAACACCACCUGAGGGAGAUGGAGAAAAUAUCUUUCUUUUUAUAUAAUUUGGUUGAAUUGAGCCUAAAAUGUGUUGACAGAGCAACACAGGGGAUUCCUUUUAAAAAUACUAUAAACGCCUUCAUCAUCUUUUAAUCUAUGCACUCAUGCCUUUUAGUAAGAGGUUGCAUUCCUUAAUCUUUAAUAAAAGUCGGCUGAGGGUCAAACUGGGAGCUUCUACACCUUAAAAUUACUCAUUCCAUGCACAUUUCAACUAAACGUAAAAUGUUUUUAGAGGCUUUUAAGGGAUUACAUAAAAACAUGAUGAUGCUUCAGCUGUCAACAUUCCUUCUUCAUGAUCACCAUCAUCAUCGUCAUCAUUAUGCUUCUCUUUACCUCACCUCCUUCACAGCUGAUUCUGUUCAUUUCAGUGUUUUCUGUGAUGUGACAUCGCAGGCUGGUCAGUUCAUAAACAACUCAAUUAAGAAAUGUGUAGGUCACAAUAACUUGGAAGUUUUCAACUUUUUAAAAUGAGGUCAUGUUCUAAAGCUACUGCAUUAUUAUAAUUUAUUACUGUCACUGCAGCCCACAAAUGUUCGCUAACAAAUAGCUCCAAUGCUGAUAGCUGCUAAAAACCACAACGUCGCCUUUUUACAUUUUCAGACAGUGUUGGAGUCGUUGGAGAGUGAAUAGUUUUAUGUCUUGAUGGAACUACGCUAGCACUUUCCCCCAACUUCAAGUCUUUGUGCUAAGCUAGGCUAAACACAUCCUGAAUGCAUGGUUGUAAUUUAGCAGGUGAUGAAGUUAGUGUGUGAUAUCUUGAGGUACUGUGGAGGUCAGGCUUAGAGGUCAAAGGUUAUUCUACAGCAGGAGCAGGUUUUGGUAAGUUGUUAUAGCAGCGGUGAUGAUGAUGACGUUGAUGAUGAUCUAAUGACCAGUCAGGGGGAGGGGCUUAGUGAGUGGGGCAGUGUAGCUCGAACCUUAGCUGUGUUAGCAUGUUAGUUUCACGCUGUCUGAUGACAAAUCUUUGUGCAAUAAUAUGAACAUACAGUAUAUUCUGAUUACUGAGAUUAUUGUUAAUAGAUUAUCAGUAAAUCACUGCUAACAUUUCAGAUGCAAUCAGUCAUCCCACAAACUGUCUACCUGCAUGUCAAAUACAAAUUAAUCUGAAGCUUGUCUUCCUCUUCACACAGAAUCUACAGAACUGAUUGAUCACUGACCAAUUUUUUACGACUCACUGAACAUCUAUUUUCUUCUUCAUUGAAGCCUGUGUGUAUUGUCUGUGUGGUCACUCAAAGGUUUCCGGAUACCAUCAGUUAUUGAAGACAUCAAAUCUUAGUAGCUGAGGUGAAACGAGCACUUGGCACCCUCCAUAGAUGAGUGUGAUUGGCUCAGACGCCUGUCAAUCAUGGCAAACACUCCCCUAAAUACCUCUUUUUUUAAAAAUCCUCUUAAUGGAACAAUGAUUCUGAAAAUUUCCACACAGGCUCACAUUAGAAUUGAUAUAAUCUACUGAAAACUGAACUUUGCGUAGGCCUACAUUAAUGUUCAUUCUUGAUUUUUGGGAGCAAUUUAAAGAGAAUAUAAGCUCAAAGGUCCCACUUACUAAUAAUUUUGAUCUUUCAGAGACAGUUUUCAUUCAGCAAAUGGAGCUGAUAGGUGUCACCAUGUGAUCUAAAUGUGAACUUUCAAUCAUGUGAAUGCUCCAAAUUGUUAUUAACUGGACCACUGACCUUCGAUUCUCUUCAUUGUUUAUUGACUUUGUGUUUGUGGAAAAGUUUUUUUGUCAUGUUUCACUGAUCACAAACUCUGCUCUGCUGGACAAACACUCACUGUGAGCGCCAAGGCUCGAAAUGCUUUUUGUUUUUUUUAUUACUGAUCAAGGAUCCGUCACACACUUCUAAUUACACUUUAGUGGUUGACUGUUGGUGUCUAUUAAUUUCUGUCGACGUCUAUUAAUGAUGAUGUGUAUUUUGUACUGAUGUCUUGUCAGCGGGAUGCAGGGAGGGAUCACUCUGUAGAGAUAAUAAUAAAGAUGUAUUUAUUUUCAGUA